AUGUCACAAGACGCUGCUAUUGCAGAGCAAACUCCUGUGGAGCAUCUAUCUGCUGUUGACUCGGCCUCCCACUCAGUCCUAUCUACUCCAUCAAACAAGGCUGAAAGAGAUGAAAUAAAGGAAUACGGCGAAGGCGAAAAUCAAGAACCCCUUGUUGAAAUCCCAAAGAGACCUGCAUCUGCCUAUGUUACAGUCUCUAUUAUGUGUAUUAUGAUUGCCUUCGGUGGUUUCGUUUUCGGUUGGGAUACUGGUACCAUUUCUGGUUUUGUCAAUCAAACCGAUUUCAUCAGAAGAUUUGGUAUGCAACAUAAAGAUGGUACUUAUUAUUUGUCUAAGGUUAGAACUGGUUUAAUUGUCGCUAUUUUCAAUAUUGGUUGUGCCAUUGGUGGUAUUAUUUUAGCCAAAUUAGGUGAUAUGUACGGUCGUAAAAUGGGUUUGAUUGUCGUUGUUGUUAUCUACAUCAUCGGUAUUAUUAUUCAAAUCGCAUCCAUUAACAAAUGGUACCAAUAUUUCAUUGGUAGAAUUAUUUCCGGUCUGGGUGUCGGUGGUAUUGCCGUCCUAUCUCCUAUGCUGAUUUCUGAAGUGUCUCCAAAGCACUUAAGAGGUACUUUAGUUGCUUGCUACCAAUUGAUGAUUACUGCCGGUAUUUUCUUGGGUUACUGUACAAACUACGGUACCAAGACUUAUUCUAACUCUGUCCAAUGGAGAGUUCCAUUGGGUCUAGGUUUUGCCUGGGCUUUGUUCAUGAUUGGUGGUAUGACUUUCGUUCCAGAAUCUCCACGUUACCUAGCUGAAGUCGGUAAGAUCGAGGAAGCCAAACGUUCCAUUGCAGUCUCUAACAAGGUUGCUGUCGAUGACCCAUCUGUUUUGGCAGAAGUCGAAGCUGUGUUAGCUGGUAUUGAAGCCGAAAAGCUAGCCGGUAAUGCUUCCUGGGGUGAAUUGUUCGCUACUAAGAACAAGAUUUUCCAACGUUUAAUUAUGGGUGCCAUGAUUCAAUCUCUACAACAAUUAACAGGUGAUAACUAUUUCUUUUACUAUGGUACUACUAUUUUCAAGGCUGUUGGUUUGAGUGAUUCUUUCGAAACCUCCAUUGUCUUGGGUAUUGUUAACUUUGCUUCUACUUUCGUUGGUAUUUACGUUGUUGACAAAUAUGGUCGUCGUACUUGUCUACUAUGGGGUGCUGCUUCCAUGACAGCUUGUAUGGUUGUCUACGCUUCUGUGGGUGUGACCAGGUUAUGGCCAAAUGGUCAAGACCAACCAUCUUCCAAAGGUGCUGGUAACUGUAUGAUUGUCUUUGCCUGUUUCUAUAUUUUCUGUUUUGCUACCACCUGGGCUCCAAUUCCUUUUGUCGUCAACUCUGAAACUUUCCCAUUGAGAGUUAAGUCCAAGUGUAUGUCUAUCGCACAAGCUUGUAACUGGAUAUGGGGUUUCUUGAUUGGUUUCUUCACUCCAUUUAUUACUAAUGCUAUUAAUUUCUAUUAUGGUUACGUUUUCAUGGGCUGUCUGGUCUUCAUGUAUUUCUACGUUCUGUUGGUUGUUCCAGAAACCAAGGGUUUGACUUUGGAAGAAGUCAACACCAUGUGGGAAGAAGGUGUUCUACCAUGGAAAUCUGCUUCAUGGGUUCCACCAUCCAGAAGAGGUGCCAACUACGACGCUGAGGAUUUGACUCACGAUGACAAGCCAUUGUACAAGAGAAUGUUUAGCCGCAAAUAA